CCAUAACAUAAUAGGGUACUUAUUAUGAAAUAGAUGUUAAACCCCAACAGUAUUUGUUGACUGGAAUAAAUUCGGCUAUUGAAAGUCGCCUUUCGUCAGUCUGCUACGGCUUCUAUAUUUUCUGCUUCAGCACCGUGGUCAGCUCUCGCAGCGAGAACAAAAGACAGAUUUGCAUCCCUUGAUGUCAGGCACUCGCAUCAAAUGCAUAGCUAAAAUGCAGGACGAAAAUAUGUCAAAACCAAACGUGCUUCUUAUUCCGUUAAAAUCAAUAAUGUAGGCUAUGUACAAUUAAUAUGACAAAGUGGGCCUAUAUAAAUCACCCAGUUAUCUGAUGUUGUAUUAUACUGAACAAUAUAGAGAAUAAAGGAAGUGCUCUUAUGACCAUGUUAGUCGUGGUAGAAUUCUUAGACGCUCCCUACCGGCAGACAUCACGGCGUGUUACAACCCAAGGGAGGGAUGGAGCAUAGAGAUCGACUGGGAGGGAGACACCGGCUUGCGACGUCAAAAGCAACGGAUUAAAUAGACCCAUAGCCAACCAACGUUUGAGCGAGCGGCAGCUAUAGCCUACCAUUCCCUGUGUUGGAUAAUAGGGAGUCUAUCAUUAUAAGAACACAUCACUUGAAUAGUCCCCCACAGCUUGUCCUUUUGAGAUAUAUAUAUAUUUUUUGUUUAAGACAGAGACACCGAUUUUUUUAUUGAACAAAGAACGCCAGAAUAACGAGAUAAACAAUCUCAUGCUUAUGUCGGAUAAAGGACCAUCGCUCGGAUUUUCUACGUGCGCUCUUUCGGGGUAACUUAACAGGGAACAGAUUGAGAGAGUGUCCUACAUUUCAUACAAAUUAAUUAAACUGGAGAAGAGACAAAAACCAAGAAAAGACCCCUUUUGACAGGGACUGGGGAGAAAGAGGGAUUCAGCUCUCAACGAACCGUGACGAAGGAGAGAGAAAAUCAUAAAGGAAUAAGUUAAAACCUUUGCCCUUCAUCUUCAUCUCGUCUGAAGAUCUAUAGGUCGUCCCUGCUCCCUUUGAAAACAUUUCCAGUGACAAUCCUCCGGGCUCAGUCGUUUCAAUGAAGGAGGCCGACGCAAUCAAGCUCUUUAUCGGGCAGAUACCGAGGAAUCUGGAGGAGAAGGAUUUGAAACCGAUCUUCGAACAAUUCGGGAAAAUCUACGAGUUGACGGUGAUAAAGGACAAAUAUACUGGAAUGCACAAAGGCUGUGCCUUCCUGACAUACUGUGCACGAGAGUCUGCCCUCAAGGCCCAAAAUGCAUUGCAUGAACAGAAGACGCUACCAGGGAUGAACCGGCCCAUUCAAGUGAAGCCGGCCGACAGCGAGGGAAGAGGGGAAGACAGGAAGCUGUUUGUGGGCAUGUUGGGGAAGCAGCAGUCGGAUGCUGAUGUGAGGAAGAUGUUUGAGGCGUUCGGGAGCAUUGAAGAGUGCACUGUGCUCCGCGGGCCUGAUGGCACUAGCAAAGGUUGUGCCUUUGUGAAGUACCAGAACAACGCAGAAGCUCAGGCAGCCAUCAGCACUCUGCAUGGGAGCCGCACUCUACCGGGGGCCUCCUCCAGCCUGGUGGUGAAGUUCGCAGACUCAGAGAAGGAGCGAGGGAUAAGACGCAUGCAGCAGGUGGCAUCCCAGCUGGGGGUCAUCAGUCCCAUGACCUUACACCUUGGGGCUUACAAUGCCUACACACAGGCUCUGGUGCAGCAGCAGGCUCUGGUGGCCCAGUCAGCAUACCUGUCUCCUGUAUCCACCAUCACCAUGCAACAGUUGGCUGCCCUCAAUCCCAGCAGCCUAAUCGCCACACCCAUCGCAUCCCUCACUCCCUCCUCAGGUACCAGCACGCCACCCACCAUGGCAGCAACACCAGUCCCUGCUCUGCCUCCACCCCUCAGCUACCCUCAAGUGCCAGCUCCGCCCAACGGACAAUCAGCAUCUGAAACCCUGUACACAAAUGGAGUUCAUUCGUACCAAGCUCAGAGUCCAGUUUUGGAUCCUCUACAGCAAGCGUACGCAGGGAUGCAACACUACACAGCAACCUACCCUGCUGCUUAUGGGAUGGUAGGACAGCCAUUCCACACAACAUACAAUGGUUGCACAGCAACAUCAGCAGCCUCAGCAACUUCAGCAACGAUGAAGGGCCUGAGGGGUGUAAUAUAUUUAUCUAUCACAUGCCUCAGGAGUUCCACCGACUCGGAGAUGCUGCAAAUGUUUAUUCCCUUCGGCAACGUCAUCUCUGCGAAGGUCUUGUUGAUCGUGCCACCAAUCAUGAGCAAGUGUUUCGGUGAGUGACUGUGUUCAUUUUUUAUAUGACCCGAAUGGCAACUUCCAUAGUGCACUUCUUUUUACCAUGGCCCAUGCAAUGCUGAGGAUUACUCACCCGGAUUUUGCUGUUUUUCCUGCCCUCACCGGAUUGUCCAUAAUUGUUAAUGUCUGUUGCUUCAGGUUUCGUGAGUUUGACAACCCCUCCAGUGCUCAGACUGCCAUUCAGGGCCAUGAAUGUUUCCAGAUUGGCAUGAAGAGACUCAAGGUGGCAACUGAAGCGGCCUAAGGAUGCCAACGGCCCUACUCGUUGAGGUAAGAGGUGUGGGUCAGGGAGGGGGAGGGGGUGACUUGGAGGGUCAGGGGGAUUGACAGGCAUUGGAAACUGUGAAAGGUAGGUUAUUAAAGGAGAUUCAUGUUUUGAUUUUGGAAAGCGCAGUCUUAAAACUAUAAACUUUUCAACUGGGAAACCAGUAAACCAUAUCCACAUGAGUGAAGUGACAGUCUUCUAAACAAGUAAUUGUUUAAAACGUUGAAAACAGGGACUAGAUACUUGGUUUGUUGAGAUUCGGCCAUACCAUUGCUGUGAAAAAUAGUUUAAAACAUGUUAUUUAAUCAAGUAGAUUUUAAAUAGUCCAGCCAAAUGUGUUUAUAACAAGUGUUCUGUGAUUGGGUUGAAGACCAGAACUAUAAUACAUCAUUAAUUUAUUUUUUACUUUUUAUUUAUUGUUUUUGUGCUGUGUCAUGUCAUUUUCCUGAAAAAAACAUCAUACCACACUCAAGACUGUCCUGUCCAUACAUAUAUCGUGGAGACUACGUCGCUAUGGCUAUGGUUGCCUAGCAACCGCUAAAACCCCCUUCCUCUCACAGCGUUGGAAGAUAUAAGAGUUCUAUCAAGAAACUACGUGAAAUGUUCCAGCCUUUUGGUUGUUUCGACAACCGUAUAGCACAGGAGCAACAACACUUAGCGAAAAAUACGACAAAAAAAAUAUAA